CUAAACCAACUCACAACUCUACUUCCCACAACUCAAACUUUAACGCCUUUGAUCACAAAUCAAUCGACAACAUCAGUCAUGGCCACCAGUAAUGUAAAGGAUUGGACCAUUCCUGAUGUUGAGAAGUGGUUGCAGAAAAAUGGAUUCCCGACGUACGUCUAUCUGCUCUGUAAAACACACAAAAUUGAUGGAAAAGCGCUCCUUCUUUUGACGGAAUCAGACAUCAAGGGGGAGAUUGAAGUGCUAGGUGACGUCAAGCGAAUGAUGAUAGGAAUUCGGCUACUGCAGAAAUUGAAUUAUCAAGCUUAUCAUGAACUGAGUGGUAAUGGCAUCUCUCAGGAUGUUGUGAAGAGACAUAUUAUGCCGAAUAACUUUGUAAAUCGUCCGCAGCUUUCUCGCUAUGACAGUGUCGACUCGGUUGCAGAUUGCCCGGAAAUCUCCCAAGAAGCCGAUGAACCUGAUGUUGGGACCGAAUAUGGUGUGUUAUCCAAACUGCUUGAUGCAGAGCUUUGGAAAGUUGUCCUGAGUUUCAUCUAUGUCUUCUUUGUAUUUUUGUUGACGUCAUUGGUGAUGGUGAUCGUGCACGACCGAGUUCCUGACAUGAACAAGUAUCCGCCACUACCGGACAUAUUUCUGGAUAACAUUCCCCUUAUCCCAUGGGCAUUUGAGGCUUGUGAAGGGAUAGCUUUGACACUCAGUACAAUUUGGAUACUCAUUCUGAUCUUUCAUAAACACAGGUUUAUUCUGUUGAGGAGGAUGUUUUCACUGUUGGGUACGGUGUUUCUACUGCGGUGUGUGACCAUGCUGAUCACCUCUCUGUCUGUUCCUGGGAUACAUCUUCAGUGUGAGGCUAGGCCUGCUGUGGGUAUCAAAGAGCAGCUGUACAAAGCACUGACGAUCUGGCAGGGCCUCGGGAUGAGUAUGCAGGGUGUUCGUUCAUGUGGUGACUACAUGUUCAGUGGACAUACCUGUUGCUUGACAAUGCUCAACUUCUUCAUAACUGAAUAUACUCCCAGGAGAAUGUACUACGUUCAUACGACAAGUUGGGUGCUGAAUCUCUUUGGUAUCUUCUUCAUCUUAGCGGCACACGAGCACUACUCGAUCGAUGUCUUCAUCGCAUUUUACAUCUCGUCGCGUCUCUUCUUAUACUACCACACGCUUGCCAACAACCGAUCUCUGAUGAUGCGAGACAGGAACAGAACAAGAGUCUGGUUUCCAUUGUUUACAUUUUUUGAGUCGAGGUGUGAUGGUAUUGUACCGAAUGAGUAUGAAUGGCCACUGUCUUGGGCCAAGACACAGAAAGUACAUGGUCAUGGUGGUAAUGGUAAUGGUAAUGGUGAUAAAGUAAAGCUAGGCUGAGUUCAAAAAGGUUGCCUCAGAAGGAAUACUAGGUGUUUGUUUCAACAUGUUUGAUAAAGUUAGGUGUAGUAAGCUGAAAAUAUUGAGACAGGAUCAUGUAGGCUCUUGCUCAUUAUUGGCUCUUGAGGUAAUACUUGGGUCUUCGUCUUAGAGAUAACUGGUGCACCCGGAGGAGUCACACUUUCUCUCUACUUACAUUGUUCAUAAAAAUGUAUGUGACCAAUCAUGAACCUUGAAUUCCUUUUGGUACACCAAGUAUUUUGUUGUAUUUACAGAUUGUGAUAAACUGUGUAAAAUCAAUUGAGUCACAUUCUUAUAUAGUGCUUCAUACUAUACAUGUACUGUCUCUAACUAUGUCAAAGCACUUUGCAUUUAUUUCCUAGCCUAAUCCAGAAACAUUUCUGUAGAAACCAAGGAGCAUAAAUGCGCUACUGUUUUCCAUUUUACACCAGUUGUAUUCUUUAGUCCUGUAGUGGUGCUAUAUUUGCUUUGUAAAGACUGGGUAAGUGUGAAAAUGUAGAUUCUUCUUGGUUGUUGCUUUUGUGACCUCAUUUAAAAGGAUUUCUGGACAUCAUAAACUGUUUGCUGGACAAAUGCUUUCCUUGGUAUCAUUAUCAGUGUUCAGAAAUCUCACCUACAUGUAUGCUAGUUCUACAUAACUAUUGUACUAAGAGCAUUUAUUCUGUGGUCUAUAUUAUAUCUUCCUGUACACCUGAAAUUUCUGAAAUUCUAUUGCUGAAGUCCUGUAUUGUUGAUACAGUUUGGUGCUACAAAAUAGAUGUAAACAAUCCAGUUUACUUGUCAUGAAAUGUCAGUUGCUAGUCAAAUUGCGUUGGAUUGCUUUUUUUUCUUACAACCAGACAUGCAGCUAGUGCUGUAUCUAAAUGAGUUGAAUGAGUCUAAUUCAAGCUUCAAAUUUAUUUUAUAAAUGCAAGUCAAAGCCAGAAGAAUGUCUUUUGUCUUGAAUCUGCACAAAACAUGUGCUUGUACUAUAUUUUCAUACAUGUCAUGUAUGCAUGUAUUUGUCUGUCUGUAGCUAUACAUGCAUUUCAAACUUCUGUCACAAUCCCAUAUCAGUUUAAUAAUGUUAGGAAACAGAGUAGUUCCUCUAAAUAGGGCAUGUAUUUGAUUAAACGAAAAUCCGAAGACAUUUUACGAACUGUGUUCACUUUUGGAUUGUGCCCACUCCUUGGGCCCGACAUUAACUUGCCCUCCUCCUUUAACCAGGGGAUGGAAUUAACCUCCGCAUAUUUUUAAAGAGCAUUUGGAUUAGUGUAAUUGCAAACAAUUGAUAUCAUUGUUAAAGCCCAGCUUUGUUAGUUUCUCCAUUGGUGUAAAUGAGCAUUGUCCGUGUAUGUGACGAGCAAGUGCCGAGAACUUCUCAAUGCUUGAGCAGAUACUGGCCCUCACCCAUUAUGUAAUGUGUCCAUCCUAAUAUGCUGUCGUCCAUUGUUGCCAUCCUACUCAGUAACACUGUUACAUGUGCUGUGAUUUCUGUUGUUUAAUAGGUGCAAUCCCAGUUUAUCUGGUUAGAAUAAGAAGUGAAGAGUCUGCUUUCAAAAUGUAUUAAAAAUUGCUGCUGUCGGAAAAUUAGGAAAAAAAUUGCAUGGUGAUAUUUCAAAUCUGAUCUGUUAUUUCAAUCUUCUUUUGAUAUACAAUGUAGUUCCACUUAAGAGUUCAAGUGUAUGUUGACUCCUCUUGCUGGUAUCUAUUCCUGGCAUUUACACUGCCAGUUGGUUAUCAAAUCUUCGAUAAAAGUGGUUGGACUGCGUUUUUAAAAUAAACUCUUCAAUUAUUUUGUUGUUGGUGUCGGCAUUACUUGUAAUGACACUUUCUUGAGAAAAAUAGCUUUGUUAGCUGCCUAGGCUGCAGGUCUCCUAAUUCUAAAUCUUAUGUUGGUAUUGAAAAGCUUCCUAUAUUAUCACCACAGUCCAUUUAGAUCAAAGUAUCAAUUGAUUCCAUGCCAAUGCAAUUGUCAGCCAUUAAUCUAUAGAAGGUAUAAGUUUCUAUUUUGUAUCUAUGGAGUUUAUGUUGA